AUGAAAGAAUGGUACGACUAUAACCUCCGAUGGAACGUAUCGGAAUUCGGCGGAGUGAGCGACCUUCGCAUCCCUCCUCACCGCCUCUGGAAACCAGACGUCCUCAUGUACAACAGUGCGGACGAGGGCUUCGAUGGAACUUACCCGACGAACGUGGUGGUAAAAAGCAACGGGUCUUGCCUUUACGUCCCUCCUGGGAUCUUCAAGAGCACCUGCAAGAUCGACAUCACCUGGUUCCCUUUCGACGACCAGAAGUGCAGAAUGAAAUUCGGCUCCUGGACCUACGAUGGAUUUCAGAUCAGUGAUCAGCAACCUUUUUUUGACUGCGGGCCGCAAGUGAACCUUUUUGGUUCCCGGCAGGCUGCACGUAUUUAUUAUUAUUACUGA